AUCACUCACCCACCCCAAAUAUUGACCUCGAAGAUCAAUAUGCCUCUCUUGUCAUUGCCACCUGAACUCUUCCACCAGAUAAUUUCUACACUAUCAAACUGUGACAUCAAAUCGCUGCGCUUGACGUGCCGCCGUCUCUGCGACGUCGCUCGCCUCCGUCUCUCUCGCGUCUUCCUUUCUGCAAACCCGCUCAAUAUCCGAGUAUUUCGUACGGUCGCAGAACAUCCAUUAUUUCGCCAGCAGGUAACGGAGAUAGUGUGGGAUGAUGCUUUCCUGAUCGACGAUCCAACGCCAGAGCCUGACCCGUAUAACGUUGACGCAGUCAUCGGCUCGGACGACGAGGAAGAGGUGAACAACAACUGCCCGAAGUGGUUUGUCACAAGAUGUAAGAACAAUCUCGAUGAGCUGUCAGUGCGGAUGGACCGAAAUGAAGAUGGAUGGUACAACGUGGAGCGUGCAGCUCAGCAAGACGCGCGGCCAUCUCUGUGGACCUGUUGGCAGUACUAUCAGAACCUUCUCGCGCAGCAAGCCGAAGUCUUGAUUCGUCAGAGUGACGUGGAGGCUUUGGUUUAUGGCCUUCGAAGGUUUCCUGCGCUAGAGAGAAUCACUAUCACCCCUGCCGCUCACGGUUGGUUGUAUCAGCCACUCUACGAGACGCCAAUGAUCCGCGCAUUCCCGAAAGGAUUCAAUUACCCGAUCCCCCACGGAUGGCCGACAGCGGAGGAAGGAGAUCCAACGCCAGAGGCCGAGGACUGGGGGACUUUACCGGAGAAUGUCAAAGAGCAAUGGCGGGGAGUCCGGCUUGUUCUGCGUGCAUUGGCCCAGCAUCCUGAUCAUCGCGUGGUCGAGCUAAUCCUGGAUGUUAAUCAGCUGGAUACGGGGCUCAAUUGCACCAUCUUCCACCAGCCGUGCGAGGAGGUCGAGAACCUGGUGGCCCUGCUGCGACGUCCCGGGUUCCGCCGCCUGGACCUUCCCCUAAUUGUCCGUGGCCAGGAAUAUGAGGAGUGGCCCGCCUUCCGCAACGGAAACCUGCGCCGCGCCUUGGGUGAGGCACCGAGCUUGGAACAUCUCAGUCUCUAUACUACAAUCGAGGUCGACUCAAGAUCAUCUCGCUUUCAUUUCACCUCUCUUCAAACUAUCUUCCCAGUGGCAGGCUGGUCGGGACUGCAAACCUUGAAGCUAUCUCGGUUCAUUGUGAUCCAGGACGACGUGAUAUCUCUCUUGGAGCAACUGUCGACCCUCCAGGUGAUUGAACUGAGCUUCUUGGGAUUUCUAGAUAACGGGGGCAAUUACAGAGAUCUUUUGGAUGAGAUUCGCGAGAGGUUUCGGUGGUCGGAAAGAGACCCGGAGUCGAGACCCAAGCUGAUAGUUGCGGUUGCACCCUGGCCCCCUCGACCGGGCCUGGGAAUUUGGCUCGAAGAAGAGGUACACUCCUUUCUUUACGACCAUGGUCGGAACCCUUUCUCCAUCUUCCGCGACGCUCCGAACCAAGUACCCCAGGGAACAGGGACACUUCGGGAUUCCUUCGAGCCAGGCCAUGAGCGCCCUUACUUUGGUUCAUGCAAGUUCCUGAGUACCGCGGGAAUCGAAAAUCGUCGCAACACUCGAGUGUUUAGAGAACUAUAUGAUUAUGUAAGAGGUGAAAACUGGAAUGAUUACCGGGAUAGUUACGAGACACAAGCCUACCAUUUCUUUGGGGGGCUAGAACACAAGACGCAUCCAGAGGUCAAAUAUUGGUGA